GAUACGCACGUUUUUUCGGCCACACGGUUAUUGGUAUUUGACCUGCUCUUUGCUAACAACCUGCUCUUUGGAUUGCUUUCCAAUUCACAUUUGCUGCAGUUUCUAAAUUCGUUCUACAUUUGUUUGGGGUCCCCAGCAACCAGGAUGCAUUUUAGCAACAAGUCUGCGGGGUCGACCCAGAACAGUAGCGACUCAUGUCCUAAAGGAGACUACAAUAUGGUCCUCAAAUACCUGCUGCUGCCCAUCAGCUUCUCUUUGCUCUUCUUAUUCGGCCUCUCGCUGAACGCCUUCGUGCUAUUCUUCAUCAAGUUCCGCACAAAGCACUGGACCCCGUUCACCAUCUACAUGCUGAACCUGACCGUGUGCGACACCCUGUUUGUCUUAAUGCUGCCCGUGGCGAUCUACCAUCAGGUCAAAGACUGGCCCUUUGGCGAGCCACUCUGCAAAAUCACCUUCUUUGUCGUAAACGCCAAUCACUAUGGCUCCAUUCUUUUCCUGUCCGUCAUCAGUCUGCAUCGCUUCAUUGGCAUCUGCUACCCGGUCCGUUCCCUCAGCUGGAACAGCACUCGACGCGCAAAGCUGGUGUCCGUGGGCGUGUGGGCCUGUGUGCUCUCUAGUCAGGCACCCAUUCUCUACUUCUCCGGGACCGAGAAGUACGGCAAGGACAUUCUUUGCAUAGAAGACGGGGGGCUCCUGGAUGACUUCCUGGUCUACAGCUCCGUGAUCUCUGUGGUGAUGUUCGUCCUGCCCUUCAUGCUGGUGAUGGUGUGCUACAGCCUGAUGUUGCGCAAGUUGCUGGAGCCCAGCUGGGGAUCAGGGGAGGGCCAGCAGGGACUCGGGGCGGCCCACCGCACCAAGCAGAAGGCGUUGAAGAUGAUCAUCAUCGUGCUGAUGACGUUCAUGUUCUGCUUCCUGCCCUUCCACAUCUCCAAGAGCCUGUACUUCUCUGUCAUAUCCCUAUAUUAUAACCACCGAGAGCAGAUGACCUGUGAACAGCUGGACGCGUCCUACAUAGCCUACCAGGUGACCUGUUUGAUGCUCACUGCCAACAGCGUAAUGGACCCCAUCCUCUACUUCAUGGCUGGCCAAGACUUUUGUAAAACCAUGCAGAGGAAGAAACAGAAAAAAAACAGCAGAGGGCUUACAGAACGAUUUUUAUUAGGGCUGUCCAAUUAACGCUUUAAUUUCGAUUAAUUAAUCCUACAAAAAAUAACGGGUUCAGAAAAUUAACGCAGAUUAAUCGCGCUUCUACAGUGCCCUUUGACCCGGUGCGUCAUUUGCGUUGAAACAAAAUGGAGGCAGACGAGAAGACGCUGCUCGGCCCCUUGAACGGAGAAUUCAAGUUUAAACAACUCGGAUGUUUAUUGCGGGGGAGGAGGAGCAAGGUACGUUUUAUUGCUCUGUUUUCUGGGAAUAAU